AUGCCUACGCAGCAACAGCCGGCCGCCGCUGAUCUCGACUCGCUUCUACAGUACCACUCUGGAAUUGAUUCCGACGAAGACCAGUUCUCCGGCUCACCCGAUCGCCACCGCCGCACUGUAGACGAGAUACUCCUCAGCCACUCUUCCAGUGACGCUGAAGAUGACGACGACAUUAUUUUAACGAGUAUUCCUAGUUCCAACUCCCAGAGACUGUCACCACGCUCGAGCUCGAGCUCCGAUAAGCACAAUUCAGCUGAUGGUAGUUACAAUAACAGUGGCAGAAGGAACAAGUACGCUGGCCUGGUUUCGCCGCAGCUAUUUGGCGGCGGGGUGAUCAGAUCCAAUGCCAAGCCUGGGGCUGCGCUGGCGGCUGCUGCUGCCGCAGCUCGGUCAGUCCCCACUCCUCACGCGGCUGCCAUCAAGUUGAGAAGAGCUAGCACAGGUGUUCUUCAAAGUUCGGCAUCUGAAACAAAGGAAAAAACCAUCGCAAAGGAUGAUUCCUCAUCCUUGCCGUCAGCUGUGGUUUCUACAACAUCUGAGAAUGGGUCUAUUGUGGGUCUUCGUGAUAGCAAUUUGGAGUUUGAAAAAUCUGAUGCGGUUGAACAAUAUGUUGUUCAAGGUAACACUGCAGAGAAUUCUGAUGAGGGUGCUGAAGUUUUAACCAGCUACGAGACUGUAAUGGAGGCAGCUGAUGGGGAUCAAUCACCGAGGGUUGAUAAGGAUGAAGAAUGUAAGGUGGAAGCUUUUGAAAGUGAGGGCAGGAAGAAUUUGAUUCCAGAUGAUUUUUGUUCGGAUAAGCAUGUUUUGACUAAACAAAGUGAGGAAUAUCCUGAUGUUCUUCCUGUUGAUGAAUCUGGUGAAAAGAAUGAGUCAGUUGGACCAGCUCCAACCUUGGAUGAUGUUGAUCUUGAUGAAGAUGCAUCUGGUGGAGAAGAAGUGAGUAAUUCUGGGUAUAUAGCUACUGAAGCUGGAAUUGGUGAUGCUGAUGGUACUUCACUAAAUGAUGUUGGAGAGACAGUUGAAAACUUGGUUUCACUAAAGCAGAAGUCUGGUUCGUCAUUCAAGGCCCUUGACUUGGCUGAAGAAAUAGAGAAGAAGCAAGCGUUUACAGGUUUGCACUAUGAAGAGGGUGCGGCUGCACAGCCGAUGAGGCUUGAGGGUGUACACAGGGGAUCCACCGUUAUAGGAUACUUUGACGUUAAUGCCAAUAACACUAUUACCCGGACCAUCUCGUCACAAGCUUUCAGGCGAGAUCAUGGGUCUCCUCAAGUUGUGGCUGUACAUCUCAACUAUAUAGCCGUGGGAUUAUCUAAAGGAUGGAUUAUUGUUAUGCCAAGCAAGUAUACUGCUCAUCACGUGGACAACAUGGAUGCCAAGAUGACGUACCUUGGGUUACAAGGGGAUAGAUCUCAUGUCCCUGUAACUUCCAUGUGCUUUAAUCUGCAAGGGGACCUACUGCUUGCAGGAUAUGGUGAUGGUCAUUACACUGUCUGGGAUGUGCAAAAGGCUUCAGCACUUAAAGUUAUUGCUGAGCACAGAGCUCCAGUAGUUCACAUAUUGUACCUGGGCCAAGAUAUUCAAGUUACUCGUCAAUUUAAUGUGGUCAGUGGUGACAGCAAUGGUGUGGUGAAGCUGAUUCGUUUUUCAGUGGUUCCGUGGGUUAAUAUGAUAUCCUAUUCAAAACCAACGAAACUUUUAGAUGAAACUACUGGCAGAGUAGUGUGUGCUUCUCCAUUGCUCUAUGGUGAAGGCCAUGGAGGCUCAGCAUCUUCCUCACAGAGUAGUAGUGCAGUGUCUGCUAGUAGUGUUAGUAGCAUAGUGGAUGAAGGUGUUGUCAUAUUCAUCACACACCAAUCUGCUCUGGUGGCAAAAGUUAGUCCGGAUGUGGAGGUAUACGCCACAAUUCCAAAACCUGAUGGUGUCAGGGAUGGUGCCAUGCCAUAUGCUGCAUGGAGUCGUAUGUCACUGGCACUUGGUUCUUCCUCUGAAAAUACUCCUGUCCAGACAUUAGAUAAAGUGUCACUGCUUGCCAUUGCUUGGGAUCGGAAUAUUCAGGUAGCAAAGCUGUUGAAUUCGAAGCUGAAAAUACUUGAGAAGUGGACAGUUGAAAGUGAAGCUGUAGGCCUGGCUUGGUUGGGGGAUCAGAUGUUGGCCAUCCUCACUAUAACAGGACAUCUGUAUUUGUUCUCGAAAGAUGGAAAUCUGAUUCACCAAACGAGCUAUUCUGUGGAUGAAUAUCAAGGAGAUGGACUCAUUUCCUAUCAUAUAUAUUUUGCUAAUGCAUUGGGAAACCCUGAGAAAGCUUAUCACAACAGUGUUGCUGUUAGAGGUGCGACUAUAUACAUUCUUGGAUCCGAGCAUCUCACUGUUUCCCGCCUCCUUUCCUGGAAGGAUCGAAUCGAGGUUUUGCGGAAAGCAGGUGACUGGAUGGGUGCCUUCAACAUGGCAAUGGCACUUUAUGAUGGUCAGACUUUCGGUGUUAUAGACCUUCCCAAGAAUUUAGAUGAAAUACAGAGGAGUCUCAUGCCCUAUCUUGUAGAAUUGCUUCAGUCAUAUGUUAGCGAAGUAUUUUCCUACAUAUCAGUUUCAUGUAACAGUCAAAGUGUAAAGGGGGGCCAAUCCGACGAGAUUAAGGAGCAAUACACCCGUGUUGGGGGUGUGGCAGUUGAAUUUUGUGCGCAUAUUGGGAGAACUGAUAUGCUUUUUGAUGACAUUUUGUCCAAAUUCGAAGAUGCACACCAGAAAGAGACAUUUUUGGAACUUUUGGAGCCAUACAUUCUAAAAGAUAUGCUGGGAUCCCUGCCACCUGCGAUCAUGCAAGCACUUGUGGAGCAUUAUAGUGACAAAGGUUGGUUGCAGCGAAUUGAACAAUGUGCCCUCCACAUGGACAUUUUGUCGUUGGAUUUUAAUCAGAUUGUCCGAUUAUGCAGGGAACACAGGUUGCAUUGUGCGUUAAUAUAUUUGUUUAACAAAGGUCUAGACGAUUUUAGGACACCUCUUGAGGAGCUCCUGGUGGUCUUAAGAUAUAGCACAAAAGAAGAUGCUACUUCACUAGGGUACAGGAUGCUUGUUUACCUGAAGUAUUGCUUCCAGGGCCUUGCUUUUCCACCAGGGCGUGGAAAUCUUUCAGCAGCACGUUUACCCACUCUUAGAAAAGAGCUUUUGCAUUUUCUCUUGGAAGAUUCCAGUGUCAAAAAUUCAUGGGCCUGUUCAAGUUUACCUUCAAAUGUGGCCCACACGAACGUGCUUCAUCUUUUAGAAUUGGAUACUGAAGCCACACUAGAGGUUUUAAAAUGUGGUCUGACAGUUGUUGAACAUCCUGAAAUGACUGAUAUUUCCCAGGAAUCAACCAAUUUCGACAUGGAAUCAGCUGAAAGUCAAGAAUUAGUUCAGAAAGUUGUGGAUAUUCUUUCUGAUAUUGUUGAUGCAAUCCAAGUGGACAGUCCUAAAUGCAGUAAUGAUGUGAAUUUUGUAGAGCGUUGGCCUUCAAGGAAAGAUGCUUACCACAUGUAUGAUUUUAUAGCUCACUAUGUGACACUUGGGAAGGCUAAUGUUUCUAGGGAUAUCUUAACUCAAAUUCUGGAGUACUUGACAUCAGAUGUCAGGAACUCCGAUAUCCCAUCAGAGACGAUGAAUAGAAGAGAGAAGCAACUGCUUUUCCUGCUAGAAGCAGUGCCUGAAAGUCACUGGGAUGUUCCUUAUGUGUUAAAUUUGUGUGAGAAGGCUGAGUUUCAUCAGGUUUGUGGCUACAUCCAUGCCAUUAGGCAUCACUAUGCGGCUGCAUUAGACAGUUAUAUGAAGGCUAUCCAUGAGCCUGUAUAUGCAUUUUCUUUUACCCAUGAGAUGUUAAGCCUACUCGGUAAUGAAGAAUUUGAUGCUUUUGAAUCAGAUGUUAUUUCUCGAAUUCCAGGUCUUUUGAAACUGAGCAGGGAAGCAACUUACUUUCUAAUUACUGAUCAUUUUCCUGGGAAAUCGCAAUAUAUUUUGUCUGAGCUGCGGUCUCACCCAGAAAGUCUUUUCCUCUAUCUGAAGACAGUUAUUGAGGUUCACUCUACUGGUACCCUCAAAAUCUCUCAUCUAGAAGAAGUCAACGUGUUAGAUUUUCCUGGUGGUAGAAGAGCUCAUCAGCAAUCAAAUAGGGUACAAGCCUAUCUGGAAGCAAUAUCCUGCUCCCUAAAACUCUUGCAUAACAAUCGAGUUAAUGUGACGGAUGAAUUGAUGGAGCAGUAUUUUGAGCUUCUGUGUAGGUAUGAACAGGAAUCAGUUCUCAAAUUCUUGGAGACUUCUGAAAGUUACAGAGUGGAACAUUGUUUACGUUUGUGCCAAAAGUAUGGCAUAACUGAUGCUGCUUCAUUUUUGUUAGAAAGGGUUGGGGAUGUUGGAAGUGCCCUUCUUCUGAUUCUUUCUAAUCUUGGUGAGAAAUUCGUCGUGCUUGGGUCUGAGAUUCAGGAAGCAAAUAGUCUCAAUGAUAUUCUGAAUAAAAAAGUGGUAGCUGAUAUCCUUGAUAUAGUGCAUGCCUGUGUUGGAUUGUGUCAGAGGAAUAGCCCCCGUCUGAAUCCUGAAGAGUCUGAAUUCCUUUGGUUUCAGUUGCUUGAUUUCUUUUGUGAGCCCUUGAUGGAUUCUAGAGACACUAGAGCAGAUUCUGAAAGGGGAGCAGUUAAGGAUAUUGUUGAUGGUUCACUGGGUGUGGAAGAUGAAGAAAGAUACAAGUUGAAAUGGAAAGUCUCCAUGUAUCAAGGGAGGGUUGCUCGCAUGAUGAGGAAACUGUUCUCCAUAUUCAUUAAAGAAAUUAUCGAGGGAAUGAUUGGGUACGUUCGCCUCCCGCAAAUCAUGUCGAAGCUUCUCUCCGAUAAUAGCAACCAGGAAUUUGGCGAUUUCAGACUUACGAUACUGGGGAUGCUUGGAGCAUAUGAUUUUGAAAGAAAAAUUCUGGACUCUGCAAAAAGUUUGAUCGAGGACGAUACAUAUUACACCAUGAGUUUACUCAGGAAGGGGGCUUCUCAUGGCUACGCCCCCCGGGACCUUUUUUGUUGCAUCUGCAGCUCCCCACUUGCUAAAUAUAAUUCCCCUGAUUCUGGCAUUCAAGUAUUUAGUUGUGGACAUACAAUGCAUGUCCAAUGUGAAGUUCAGGAAAAUAGGGCCUCAUUUAAUGGAACCAUAGUAGGAUGCCCGAUUUGUAAUCCGAAGAAAUCGCAAAUGUCAAAUGGGAAAUCUACCCUUGUGGAGAAUGGAUUAGUGAGCAGGCCACCAUUGAGGAUGCAGCAAGCACACGGAACAUCAGCUUUGCAUCAUCACCAUGAUCAUGAGGGUCUGGAUAGCUCAUACUGUUUGCAUCCGCCUUCACGGUUUGAACUCUUGCAUAAUCUUGAAAAUGAUAAGAAAUUGAUCCAAAUAGAGAGAAUGCAUCCGUUGCGGCUUGCUCCACCAGCGCUUUACCAUGAAAAGGUCAAGAAAGGAAUUGAUAUCUUAUCUGGUGAAAGUACCAGCCGUGUUUCAACAUCAGAAAAACCUUGGGGCAGGCAACUUAAGAAUGUCAAAGUGAAAGGCACAUCUGUGCGGUUCCCCCUGAAAUCUACAAUAUUUGGCAGGGAAAAGAUUAGUAGGAGCUAG